GCUGAGCAGUUUCAGUGAGGGCUGCUGGGGAGAGCUCUGCAGCCAGUGUGGGGCCGGACAGGCUGGACAAGCGGGACCUCUCCCUGGGAAUUCCCAGCCACCAGCCAAGCUGCUGCUCAGGAGCCCUCAUGGUUCCCAAGAUCUCUUCCUCUCCAUAUCCUGACUUUUAAUUGCUGGGAUCACACUUGUUGAAGCUGCUUCCUCACUUGGGUGUGAGAAAGGGCCAAGUUCUAGGCUCUGCUGAGGACCUGGAGACUGGAAAUCCAACAGUAGUUGGCCACUGAAGGGCAUCUCUCACUCUGAGAAACUGGUCCUCUCCUGCCCUUGCACGGCCCAGGGGAGCAGUGUUCACAUCAGCCCUGACUCUUGGGAUAAGGUCCACACUCAGGUUCUGGCUCAGCUAUUUGAAGAGGCUAAGAAGGACUCAUCUUGGAGGUGAUGUGGGACUGCCAUGUCAGGUGGGAGUGAGGACGGAGGCUUCUGGAGGAAUAUUUGACCUAACUACAAAAAAGGGGGCCACAGAGCUUGGACUUCAUUGGACCACUGCCAGUCAUGGCACCCACUCCCCCAAUCCUGCCAGCUGGCCAUGUCCCACAGCCCUUGGAGCCCUUAUCACCCCGUCUACAGAGGAUCAGGUGGUUCCUGUCAGCCAAUGUCCUGCCUGUGGUGGAAAGAUGCAUCAGUUCCAUGCAGUCCGGGACUCAGAUGGUCAAGCUUCGAGGCGGCUCUAAGGGCCUGGUUCGCUUCUACUACCUGGACGAGCACAAGUCGUGCAUCCGCUGGCGGCCAUCGCGGAAGAAUGAGAAAGCCAAGAUCUCCAUCGAUUCUGUCCAGGAGGUGUGUGAAGGAAAACAAUCAGAGAUUUUCCAGCGCUAUGCUGAUGGGAGCUUUGACCCUAACUGUUGCUUCAGCAUCUACUAUGGGGACCACAUGGAGUCGCUGGACCUCGUGUCCUCCAACGGAGAAGAAGCCCGAACCUGGAUCACAGGCCUCCGGUACCUGAUGGCAGGAAUCAGUGAUGAGGACAGUCUGUCCAAACGCCAGAGAACUCGUGACCAGUGGCUGAAACAGACAUUUGACGAGGCAGAUAAGAAUGGGGAUGGCAGCCUGAGCAUUAAUGAGGUCCUCCAACUCCUUCAUAAGCUGAAUGUGAACCUGCCCCGGCAGAAGGUGAAACAGAUGUUUAAGGAGGCGGACACAGAUGACAACCAGGGCACACUGGGCUUUGAUGAGUUCUGCGCAUUUUACAAGAUGAUGUCCACCCGCCGGGACCUCUACCUGCUCAUGCUCACCUACAGCAACCACAAGGAUCAUUUGGACACAGAGGAUUUGAAGCGCUUCCUGGAGGUGGAACAAAAGAUGAUGGAUGUGACCAAGGAGUACUGCCUGAAUAUCAUCGACCAGUUUGAGCCAUGCCUGGAAAACAAGAGUAAGGAGGUGCUUGGCAUUGAUGGUUUUACUAACUACACCAGGAGUCCAGAAGGAGACAUUUUCAACCCCAAGCACUACCAAGUAAAUCAGGACAUGACCUACCCGCUAAGUUACUACUUCAUCACCUCUUCCCAUAAUACCUACCUCAUUGGGGACCAGCUCAUGUCCCAGUCUCGGGUGGACAUGUACUCGUGGGUCCUGCAGGCCGGCUGCCGCUGUGUGGAAGUGGACUGUUGGGAUGGACCAGACGGGGAGCCCAUCGUACACCAUGGUUAUACCUUGACCUCCAAGAUCCUCUUUAAAGACGUCAUUGAGACAAUCAACAAAUACGCCUUCAUCAAGAACGAGUACCCAGUGAUCCUGUCCAUUGAGAACCACUGCAGUGUCCUUCAGCAGAAGAAGAUGGCGCAGUACCUGACUGACAUCCUAGGGGACAAACUGGACUUGUCGACAGUGAGCAGUGAGGAAGACUCAAGCACUCUGCCAUCUCCGGAGAAGCUGAAAGGCAAGAUCUUAGUGAAGGGGAAGAAACUCCCAGCUAAUAUCAGUGAAGAUGCAGAAGAGGGGGAUGUAUCUGAUGAGGACAGCGCUGAUGAAAUUGACGAUGAUUGUAAACUCAUGAAUGGAGAUGCUUCCACCAAUCGGAAACGAGUGGAAAACAUCGCCAAGAAGAAACUGGACUCACUGAUAAAGGAAUCCAAAAUCCGAGACUGUGAAGACCCCAACAACUUUACCGUCUCCACGCUGCCUUCCUCAGGGAAGCUUGGCCGAAAGGCCGAAGGCAAGAAGAAAUUUGCUUCUCUGGGUGCCUCAGCCACAGACAAAGCUAUGAGCAAAGCUGAAGAAGAUGUGGAAUCCGGGGAGGACCUGAGUGGCAGCAAGCGAAACAGUCGAUUACUAAUGAGUAGCUUCUCCAAACGAAAGAAAAAAGGGAGCAAGUUAAAGAAAACUUCCAGCAUAGAAGAAGCCGAUGAUGAUUUGGACUCCCAAGGAAGCCAGAGCAGAGGGAUAAACCGACAGAAGAAGACCAUGAAACUGUCCAGGGCUCUCUCUGACCUGGUGAAAUACACCAAGUCUGUUGGAAUCCAUGACGUGGAAACAGAGAUUUCCUGCAGUUGGCAAGUAUCAUCCUUUAGUGAGACCAAGGCCCAUCAGAUUCUACAACAGAAGCCGGCCCACUACCUGCGUUUCAACCAGCACCAGCUUUCCCGUAUCUACCCAUCCUCUUACCGGGUCGACUCAAGUAACUACAAUCCUCAGCCCUUCUGGAACGCUGGAUGUCAGAUGGUUGCCCUCAACUACCAAUCAGAGGGGAGGAUGCUCCAGCUGAACCGCGCCAAGUUCAAUGCCAACGGCAACUGUGGCUAUGUCCUCAAGCCCCAGUGCAUGUGUCAAGGUGUCUUCAAUCCCAACUCUGAAGACCCUCUCCCAGGGCAGCUGAAGAAACAGCUGAUACUCCGGAUUAUCAGUGGACAGCAGCUCCCCAAACCACGGGACUCCAUGUUGGGCGACCGAGGAGAGAUCAUCGACCCUUUUGUGGAAGUGGAGAUCAUUGGAUUACCAGUGGACUGCAACAAGGAGCAGACGAGGGUCGUGGAUGACAAUGGCUUUAACCCCAUGUGGGAGGAGACCCUGGUGUUCACAGUGCACAUGCCGGAGAUCGCACUGGUCCGGUUCCUGGUUUGGGAUCAUGACCCCAUUGGGCGGGACUUCAUUGGACAGAGGACAUUGGCAUUUAACAGCAUGAUGCCAGGUUAUCGACAUGUCUACCUGGAAGGGAUAGAAGAGGCCUCCAUCUUUGUUCAUGUAGCUAUCAAUGACAUCUCGGGUAAGGUCAAGCAGGCUUUGGGCUUAAAAGGCCUGUUUCUCAGAAAUCCAAAGCAGGCGUCCCUGGACAGUCAUGCUGCUGGUCAGUUCCACAACAGACCCUCCAUUAGUGGACAGCUCCUGAGGCGCACGGCUAGCGCGCCCACCAAGAGCCAGAAGAAGGGUAAAAAGGGCUUUCCUGAACUCACCAUGGACACCAAAGACAGCGGCUUGGAGGGGGCAGGCGAGGACACCUCCCAGCCCCGCUUUGACUCAGAGCCAGAGAGUACGGCCCCAGCCCCCGGAGCCCUUAGUGAGGGGCCAGGCCGAGGGCCCAAAGAUGGCCGCCCGUUCUCCAUCCAGAGAUCUGUCUCGUCUUUGUACGGCCUCGAAACCAUCGCGGAGGAGCCUCUCGUUGCCAAGGAAACGCCAUCCCCCGCUCCCGGCCCCCCUCUGCCCCCCGCCCCCAUCAGCGACUCCGAGGGAGGGUCCCACUGCUCCGCAGGCUCAGGCUCUGACACCCCUCUGAGCUCUCCCUCCCCAGGUGAGCCAGGUGGACUGACCGCUCCAGGGCCACACCACACUGAACGAGGUUCAGAGGGGGAACGACAGACGAACCGCGGAGAACAGGAGUUCCAGGGGGCUCUGCCCAUGCCCCCGGCAGGGCAGGGCUCCCUGCUGCACCCCUCCCCCUCCCACCGUGAAGAGGAACCGGAUGGGGCAGCCCGGAGGGCAGAGCACACAGGUGAUCCUCAGGGUCCCCGCCGGCCUGUGGGUUCCGUCCCUCUGCGAAUCCCUCCGGCCCCAGCUCGGGCCCUGGCCGGCCCGCCGGCUGUGGUGAGGAGGGCCAAGAGCGAAGGGCAGGUGACCUUUGACCACCUGCUGGUCCGGCGUGCCCCGCCGGGACAGUCCCCUGCUGCAGCCGUCUAUUCAGAUGCCACGGGCAGCGACCAGCUGUGGAGCAAGUUGGAGGCGGGCAGUCAACGGGACAGCAUGUCCUCUUCCUCCAGCAUGUCCUCCAAUGACACGGUCAUCGACCUCUCGAUGCCCAACCUGGUGAGGAAAAGCCUGCCCAACCUGGGCUGUCUCACAGGCAGCCGGGAGAACCUGGGGGGGCUAGCAGUGCACAAGGGCCCCUGGCCCCGCUCAGCCGCCUCUGGCGGGGUCCAGCUGCCCCCUGUGACCAAGAGCAAGUCUAACCCCAACCUGAGGGCGGGGUUGGCCCCGCAGCCAGCCCCGGAUGAGCUGCAGCCCCGGCCCCUGGCCCGGAGGCCCGAGGAUGCUCUGGCCUCCCUCCGCCGGAGGCCCACGUGGAGCAGGCUGUACAUGGAGGGCCUCCGGGCAGAGGGGUCCUCCCUGGGGCCCCGAGCUCAGGACGUGGGGGCCGCCGCCAAGUCCAAGAGCCUGGGCGACCUCACAUCGGACGACUUUGCCCCCGGCUUCGAGAGUACGUACAGGAGCAUCAGCCGCAGCUUUGGCCCCCGCCCAGCUCCUGCCGCUGGGGCAGGGAGAUCGCUGGGACCCAGGCUGCAGGCCAGGCCUCGGGAUGAGCUGACCGAGCAACUGAGGAGACUGACCGGCUUCCAGCUGGCCGGCGACAUCACAUCCCCCACCAGCCUGGGGCCCACAGAGGACGAGGACGAGGACGAGAGCGGGCCGGCCACAGCGGGCCAGGGGCCCGGCUUCCUUCGUAGGUCUUCCUCCCGGAGCCAGAGCAGAGUGCGCUACAUUGCCACCCGGGCCAGGCAGGCCCAGGAGAGGCAAAGGCUCCAGGGUCUGGGGGUCCAGGGUCCCCUGGAGGAACGGGGCAACCCAGAGGGGGCCUGCUCUGUGAGCCGGGAGGGGUGUGUGGACUCUCUGGCUCUUCUGAUUCCACCUUCCAAGUUCACCCCGGGCCUCAUCGAGGAUUCGGACUCGGGCCCUGUUCUUUUGAAACUCUAAUCCGGGCAGAACUGGGGGAGGAGAAAGCCCAGCCAGGGAAAGGCUUUUGGGGUUCGGGCUGCAAAGACUGCGAAGUGUUCUUACUCCCAUGUGUCCACCCACUAAGGUUCUGGCUCCCCGUCACUUGCCCCUCCUCUGGGCUCAGGCUGGAGCUGAGUGGUGAGGCAGAUCCAGAACUGGCCACUCCUGUAUUGUCUGGGCCCGGCCUUCUCUGUCUCCGGCUCUUCCCACCCACCUUCCUCCAUCCAACGUCCCCAAUACCCAGGCCACGGCCGCUGGGUGAGAUCCCGCAUGCCAGCACCUCCCCCUUCCCUCACCUGGGCUGGUCUCCAGCCCCCAGCGUCCGCCAGCUCCGCGGGGCUCUGAGGUGCUCACUCUACAGUCAAGGCAGUAGGGAGGAGGACAUGGGACUCUUGGUCUCUGCCGCUGCCCUCCAGCUCAAAUGUGGGGAGGGUUUGGGCUGGGAGGAUGGCUCCCCACAGUGCUGCUGUACGUAGUGCAUGGAGCAGAAGCUGUCGGGCUUCUCCAUGUUCGCACUGCCACGCUAGGGUUUUCAUGUGUUUUAAAUGAGAUUAUAUACGUAUCUAUAUUUAAAUUUUUAGACACACAUAUAGAACACGAGAGAAACUAUCCAAAAUUAUCCUUCUCCAACCCCAUUUUUACCUUUGUUUUUAGCCUCAUGUGUAUGUGCUUACACAUGCAUGUGUGUGCGUGUAUAUGUUUGGGUGAGUGUGCGUGUGUGUGUGUGUGUGUGUGUGUGUGUGUGUGUUCAGGACAGUGAGACACUAUGAAGAUCCUAGCCCUUCUUGAUGGAGAGAAUGUGGCUUCCACGCUGACCCCAGUCCUGGGAGAGGGCAAUCACUUUCCCCUGAGACCCUGGGCCACCACCACUCCCCCCCUUUUUACCCAUCUUGUUUUAUUUGUAUAAGAAUUUUCUCUGUACAUUGAAACAUUUUAAAAACCUAUUUGUAAGCUCUUCACAACGACUCCAAUAAAAUGCAUCGAACCUU